CUUUCUUUGUAGUUUUCUUGGUAUCACUUUGCCAAUUUACAGUGAGCAGAGUUGGGGGCGGGGAGAGAGAGAGAGAGAGAGAGAGAGAGGGGUAAAGAGAGGGAGAGAGAGUUAGAUAGAGCUCAAACACAAGAUGUUCGAUGGAGUGCCGGACCAGUUUCACCAGUUCCUAGCCUCCUCGAGAGCUUCAUCACUCUCUCUCCCUCUCCCUUUCCCGCUUCAACAUGCCUCUUCACCCCCGCCGCCGCCUCUCGCUUCUUUGAAUUUCGCUGCCUUCGAUCUCUACCCUCCUCAACACCACCACCUGCAGCAGCCGCCUCCCCAAUUCCUGCAACCGCUGCACCAACCGCCUCGAGCCCAGAAGGACAUCAUUCAUGAAGAGAUAGAUGGUGAGAACAGCUUGGUCCCUGUGAAUUUGGGCAUUGAUCAGAGAGACAGAUCCAAACUAGCAGAAGCAGCCACUGUUGAUGAUGAUCGCCAGUGGACUAGUGAUGAAGUGCUUGCACUGUUUAAAAUCAGAUCUGGCAUGGAGAAUUGGUUCCCUGAAUUCAUUUGGGAACAUAUAUCCAGGAAGCUUGCAGAGCUUGGCUUCAGAAGGACUGCUGCUGAGUGCAAGGACAAAUUUGAAGAAGAAAGCAUCAGCUCAUAUACACCUGCUAGUGCUAGUUAUCCAAAGAACGACAGGUUGCUGAGUGAGCUUGAAGAGCUGUGCAAUAGUAAUCAUGGAGAUCACCAGAACAAUCCUCCAAUACUUGCAGCUGACAAGAGCACUGAUAAUAAGGUGGGAAAGCUCAGAGCUGGAGAAGAAGAAGACAAGAUGGCGGGUCAGAUGAUCCAGAACUUCGAUGGCGCCAAUUCAAGAAAUGAAUUGCGUGCGACCGUGAACGACGCAUCAGAGCAAAAUUACAAAAAGGCAGCAACAGAUGAUAAGGACCACAUCAACAGGUCAUCCUCCAAGGGCAAGAAGAGGAAAAGAUCACAGGAGGAGAGACUAGUGAAAUAUGAGCUGUUCAAGGGCUUAUGUGAGAGCGUUGUCCAGAGGUUAAUGGCUCAGCAGGAGGAGAUGCACAACAAGCUGCUUGAGGACAUGGUGAGGAGAGAGAAGGAGAUGGUGGAGAAAGAGGAAGCAUGGAAGAGGCAGGAGAUGGAGAGGAUGAACAAGGAGCUUGAUGCUAGGGUGCACGAGCAGGCCAUUGCAGGUAACAGACAGGCUACCAUCAUUGAGUUCCUCAAGAAGUUCACUUCCUUCGAUGGGGAUGAUGAUCACAGUCCGCAUUUGCUAACCAACUCUUCAAGUCCAUGCUCCUUGGCUGAGCCCAACUCCUCAAACCCUAAUGACAAUUCUAGCACUUCCCAUAUGGGCACGCACAAGCAAAGCCAUGCUGCUGAAGUUCCCACUUCGUCUUCCCUGGAAAAUCACAACCACUCCACUUGUUCUUCCUCCUUCCAAAGCACACCCACCAAACAAGACCCAAGUUCAGCUUCAGCAGCAAUGGCUCAAACUGAAUCCAGGUCCAACCCACCAACUUUGACCGCCAUGACUCCUCAAAACCCUAAUCCUCCCAACCCCCAUCAAAAGACCCAUCAUGGGUCGCAAAACUCAGCCCCAAACGCGGCCAAAGAUCCGGACCUCGGGAAGAGAUGGCCAAGAGAUGAAGUCCAAGCGCUCAUAAACCUUAGGUGCAGUCUCAAUGGUGGUACCAACAACGAAGAUCACAAAUUGGAAGGAUCAAACAACAACGGCAACAAUAGAGCUCCACUUUGGGAGAGAAUCUCACAGAAGAUGUCGGAGCUGGGCUACGAGAGGAGUGCCAAGAGGUGCAAAGAGAAGUGGGAGAACAUAAACAAGUACUUCCGAAAAACCAAAGACAACGACAAGAAGAGGUCUCUCGACUCAAGGACGUGCCCCUAUUUCCACCAACUGAGCCACCUGUACAGCCAAGGAAAACUUGCCGCCACUGCCACUGCCACUGCCACCGCCACGGUGCCGCCCGCCGACCAGCCCUUGCCGGCGACCAGCGCUCACGGCGAUUCGUCGGCUGCGCAAUUCAGUGCAGGUAGAGACAAGGACGUUGCCAAUCAGGUAGCUCCAGCUGCUAAUUUUGAGUUUUGAGUUCUAGAAAAAGAGUUUUUUUCGUUUGCAUGUUUUUGGUGUGCAAUCAUGAUGAUAAUAAUCUUAAAGUGGUAGGCUAGCUGGACCUUUUUCUUCUUGCGAAGAUUUGAGUACUAGCAGUCCCUUUUUGUUAUGUUCCUCCCUUUGUUUCUAUCAUAUAUAAAUAUAUGAUUUCUCUCGUCCGAGGACAAUGUCAGUAUAUAAAGUUGUAGCCAUGUGCACCGACAGGUUUGAAAAAUGAGAUUUUAGAUUA